ACGGAAAAAAAAUGAGACAAAAACGCGCUGCUGCCCAAAGUCUUUGAAUGUGUAUCGCGACAAGCUACAUACAAUAGCCUAACGUAAGUCGAUCAUCACCAUGGAAUUCGAGUGAGAGCACGAGGAGGAAGAAAGAAUGGUGGAUGCUCUCCUCUCCUCCGCCAUAGCCAUACUCUGGAUCUCUUCUUCUCUCCCCUCCUCUCUCGCGCAGGACCAAUUCGCGUCAGGGCAAACGAUCGCCACCGCGGGCGCGGCAACAUCGGUCUCCAGCGGCAGCUUCUCCCUCGGAUUUGCGCCAUCGCCGCGCAGCCCCGGGGAAUUCGAGCUAGGGAUUUGGUACCGCGCGGAUCCGCAGCAAGUCUUGGUGUGGGACACUGCCGCCCCGGCGUCACGCCCCGGCGCAAUCCUCGAGCUCUCCAGCGAUGGAUCCCUGGCGGUGCGCGACGGCGCCAGCAUCACAUCGUGGACGAGCGGCGCCACUGGGGCUUCGUCCGGGCAGCUCCAAGAAUCAGGUAAUCUCGCGCUCCGGAACUCCAGCGGCCAGGUCGUGUGGAGCAGCUUCGAUCAUCCCAGCAGCACGCUCCUCCCCGGCCAAUUCCUCUCCAGGGGCCGCAAUCUCACCUCGCGCGCCGGCGGCUACAGCCUCGCCAUGGAUCAAUCGGGCAAUCUCACGCUUCGCUGGGGAAGCGCGCAGUACUGGAGCAGCGACACCGAUGGGAAUGGAAAUUCCUCGAUUCCCACGAAUGCGGUGGUGGAUGUCAAUGGCGUGCUCAAUCUCAACGCCACCUCCACAGUGCGCCAGUUCUUCCCGGAGGAUUAUGGGCCAGGGCAAAGCCGCCGCCUCACGCUGGACGACGAUGGCAACCUCCGGCUGUACACUCUAAUCGAGGCGGUAUGGUCCGCGCGGUGGCAGGCGGUGUCUGACCAGUGCCAGGUGUACAACUACUGUGGCAACUACGGCAUAUGCUCGUACCGCGCGGUGGCGUCCCAGGCACCGCUGGUGUACCGCACGGUAUGCGACUGCCCGACUGGGCUGGGCUUCGUGGAUCCCAGCCGGCGUAACGCUGGAUGCACCAACACCGGGAAUGUGGCCAGCGAUUGUGCCACCGAGAGCAACCAGCUGAUCGCGACGAACUUCACCGCUUGGCUCGAGAGUGGAUCCACCGUGACAUCGAACAGCAACAGCGAGCAGUGCACGAGCAAUUGCCGCGGCGAUUCCAGCUGCUUUGGCUGCCUCGUCCCAAACGAUGGAUCCGGCCACUGUGUCCAGUUUCGAUCCACGUCCAUGAGCGGCUACUCGUCGCCCUCGAUCCGAUCCACCGCCUUCCUCAAGGUGUGUACCUCGGCCGCGAAUUCUCCACCCACAUCGGUCUUGUCAGAGCCGGGAUCGUCGAAUCAGGGGCGGGCAAUCGGCAUUGCCGUGGGCGUCACAGUGGCGGCGCUGGUGCUGGCGGAGCUGGCGGUGGGAUGGGCGGUGUACCGCCGGCGGUACUCGAGACGGGUCCAGGAAGCCGCGCGGCACGCCAUCCUGGACUAUGCCUCUGGCGCGCCGAUGAGAUUCACGUACAAGGAGCUCCAGAACGCGACGUAUAACUUCCAGACGAGGAUUGGCGAGGGAGGAUUUGGCCCCGUGUACAAGGGAUCCAUCGCGCUCCCUGUGAGCAAGACCGCCAUAGCCGUGAAGAAGCUCGAGGGGAUUUUCCAGGGGGAGAAGGAGUUUCGGACCGAGGUAGCGACGAUCGGGAGCACGCACCACAUGAAUCUGAUGCGCCUGGUGGGAUUUUGCGCCGAGGGAGCCGAGACGCGAUUGCUCGUCUACGAGUUCCUGCCCAAUGGAUCGCUGGAUCGCUUCCUCUUCCACCACGACCACGACCUGGAAUGGGGCCAAGAUAGAUCCUGGCAAUCCAACGACGCGUCGCGGCCAUUCUCGUUGCGAUCCAGCGAUAUUUCGAAGUCUGGAGGCCAGGCAGCAGCAUUGCAAUCCAGCGACGCGUCGCGGCCAUUCUCGUUGCAAUCCAGCGAUAUUUCGAAGUCUGGAGGCCAGGCAGCAGCAUUGCCGUCGCGAUCCAGCAAUCUCUCACGAUCUGGCGCCCAGGAGGCAAGAUCCAGCGCCACUACAUCCACCAGCUUAUCGACAUCGUCAAGACCACUCGCGCCCGGCGAAGACGAGGACGAUUCUUACCAGGGAGCGCGGCCAUCGCUGGACUGGCCGACGCGAUUCAAGAUCGCGCUGGGCACCGCUAGGGCUCUCGCCUAUCUCCACGAGGAAUGCCGCGAGCCAAUCGUCCACUGCGACCUCAAGCCAGAGAAUAUCCUCCUGGACGAUAGCUUCGCACCCAAGGUCUCGGACUUUGGCCUGGCGCGGCUCAUCGACGAGGGCAACGCACGCAACCUGACCACUGUGCGCGGGACACGUGGCUACAUGGCGCCGGAGUGGCUGGCGAAUAUGCCCAUUACCGCCAAGUCGGACGUGUACAGCUACGGCAUGGUGGUGCUGGAGCUGGUGGGCGGGCGGCGCAACUUCGACACGUGCCGCGCGGUACCGCGCGGCAUGCAGCGGUACCCGGCUUACCUUUACAGGGAGCUCGAGGCCGGGCGGCUCGAGGGCGCGGUGGACGAGCGGAUGUACCGCGCGGACGUUGACGGCGUGCAGCUGGAGAGGGUGGUGAAGGCGGCGUUUUGGUGUAUACAGGACGUGGCCAGUGCGAGGCCGGUGAUGAGUAAGGUGGUGCAAAUGCUGGAGGGGAAUUUGGCGGUGCUGCUUCCGCCGCCACCCAAGGUGGCGAUGGAUUCCUCCGCCGCCUCCUCGUCUGGCAGCGCGACCGCCACCUCCUCCUCGACUGCGUUCUCGAUCUCCUCGCAGUCGUCCGGGACUUCGUCUGCCCCGCAUUCGUUGAUUGGGAGAUGAAACUUGACGGAAGCUUGAGAGGAACUUUGUUCCAAUACGGAUUUGUAAGAUAAAGGUGCAUUGUUUUGGGAAUUGGAAAAAAACGUGCAAAGGAAUUUCUUUUU